UGGGNGUGACGGGUUCACUGGGGGCAGCUUCGCGGGUCCGGUUCCUCCGGGAGCUGGGCCACCUUGACGGGCUUUUUGUCUGGCUGCUCCAGCCCCCUUUCCCUUCCUCCUCCUCCAGAUGCCUUUUUUCUGCCCCUCCUCGCCCGGUACAGACAUUUGCAGCGCAGGCUGCGGCUCGUGGCUGCUGUCGAAGCCACUUCUCGGGAUUUCGGCUCGUUUGCCUCUGGGGUGUUUUUUGAGGAGGGAGAGUUUUUCUCUCCCGUCCACGAUGGGAUUUUCUUCCCGUGCCCGCGUAGACUUUCAUUGAUUUCUACUUCAGCGUUGAGAGACCAAUUCCCUAGGCGUAUUUUUGUGGUAGUUCCUUUUUUUCAAAGACAUUAGCUGUAAAAUGGAGAACGAAAUUUUUACUCCCCUUCUGGAGCAGUUCAUGACCAGCCCUUUGGUCACUUGGGUUAAAACGUUUGGACCUCUGGCUGCAGGAAAUGGGACCAGCCUGGAUGAAUAUGUGGCUUUGGUGGAUGGGGUAUUCUUGAACCAGGUCAUGCUCCAAAUUAAUCCUAAAUUGGAGAGUCAAAGAGUAAAUAAAAAAGUCAACAACGAUGCCUCACUUAGAAUUCAUAAUCUGUCCAUUUUGGUGAGACAAAUAAAAUGCUAUUAUCAGGAGACUUUGCAGCAAUUGAUCAUGAUGUCAUUGCCAAAUGUCUUAAUCAUUGGCAAAAACCCCUUCUCUGAACAAGGCACAGAAGAAGUUAAAAAGUUGCUUUUACUUUUACUGGGUUGUGCAGUUCAGUGUCAGAAAAAAGAAGAAUUUAUUGAAAGAAUUCAAGGUUUAGAUUUUGAUACAAAAGCAGCAGUUGCCGCACAUAUUCAAGAGGUAACCCAUAAUCAGGAAAAUGUGUUCGAUUUGCAAUGGAUGGAAGUGACUGAUAUGACUCAGGAGGAAAUAGAACCACUCUUGAAAAAUAUGGCAUUGCAUCUAAAAAGACUUAUAGAUGAGAGAGAUGAACAUUCAGAGACUAUCGUAGAACUUUCUGAAGAACGGGAUGGUCUUCAUUUUCUACCCCAUGGCUCUUCGUCUGCACAGUCACCCUGUGGUUCUCCAGGCAUGAAGCGGACAGAAAGUCGACAACAUCUGUCAGUGGAACUGGCAGAUGCUAAGGCCAAGAUCAGAAGGCUUAGGCAGGAAUUGGAGGAAAAGACUGAACAGUUGCUGGACUGUAAACAAGAACUUGAGCAAAUGGAAAUAGAACUAAAAAGGCUGCAGCAAGAGAACAUGAAUUUGCUUUCGGAUGCUCGUUCUGCAAGAAUGUACCGAGAUGAAUUAGAUGCACUUCGAGAGAAGGCAAUCAGAGUUGAUAAGCUUGAAAGUGAAGUCACCAGGUAUAAAGAGAGGCUACAUGAUAUUGAAUUUUAUAAAGCAAGAGUUGAGGAAUUAAAAGAAGACAAUCAAGUUUUAUUAGAAACAAAAACCAUGUUGGAAGACCAAUUAGAAGGAACUCGAGCUCGUUCUGAUAAAUUACAUGAAUUAGAAAAAGAGAAUUUACAACUGAAGGCUAAACUGCAUGAUAUGGAAAUGGAACGUGAUAUGGAUAGAAAAAAGAUUGAAGAAUUAAUGGAAGAAAAUAUGACUUUGGAAAUGGCACAGAAACAAAGUAUGGAUGAAUCAUUACACCUUGGCUGGGAGUUGGAACAAAUAUCCAGAACUAGUGAACUUUCCGAAGCACCACAGAAAUCUUUGGGCCAUGAGGUGAGUGAGUUGACAUCAAGUAGGUUACUGAAGUUGGAGAUGGAAAACCAGAGUUUGACAAAAACUGUAGAAGAGCUUCGGAGUACUAUGGAUUCUGCAGAAGGUAACACCUCCAAAAUCCUGAAAAUUGAAAAAGAAAAUCAAAGACUAAGUAAAAAGGUUGAAAUUCUUGAAAAUGAGAUUGUUCAAGAAAAGCAAAGUCUUCAAAAUUGUCAGAAUUUAAGCAAGGAUCUAAUGAAGGAGAAGGCUCAGCUUGAAAAAACAAUUGAAACACUUCGAGAAAAUUCAGAGAGACAGAUUAAAAUAUUGGAACAGGAAAAUGAACAUCUGAAUCAAACUGUGUCUUCCUUAAGGCAGCGCUCCCAGAUAAGUGCUGAAGCAAGGGUGAAAGACAUUGAAAAGGAAAAUAAAAUUCUCCAUGAAUCUAUCAAAGAAACAAGUAGCAAGCUAAGCAAGAUUGAAUUUGAAAAAAGACAAAUUAGAAAAGAAUUGGAACAUUAUAAAGAAAAAGGAGAACGAGCAGAAGAACUUGAAAACGAGUUGCAUCAUCUCGAAAAGGAAAAUGAAUUGUUACAGAAAAAGAUAACCAAUUUAAAAAUUACUUGUGAAAAAAUUGAGGCCUUAGAACAAGAAAAUUCAGAGCUAGAAAGAGAAAAUAGGAAAUUUAAAAAAAGAUUAGAUAGCUUUAAAAACCUUACUUUUCAGUUAGAAUCCCUAGAGAAAGAGAAUUCCCAACUUGAUGAGGAAAACUUAGAACUGCGAAGGAACGUGGAAUCUUUGAAGUGUGCAAGCAUGAAAAUGGCUCAGCUACAACUGGAAAAUAAAGAACUGGAAAGUGAAAAAGAGCAGCUUAAGAAGGGCUUAGAGCUUAUGAAAGCAUCUUUCAAGAAAACAGAACGCUUAGAAGUUAGCUACCAGGGCUUAGAUACAGAAAACCAAAGGCUGCAGAAGGCUCUGGAGAACAGCAAUAAAAAAAUUCAGCAGUUAGAGAGCGAACUACAAGACUUGGAAAUGGAAAAUCAGACAUUGCAGAAAAACCUAGAAGAGUUAAAAAUAUCUAGCAAAAGACUAGAACAGCUAGAAAAAGAAAAUAAAUCACUGGAGCAGGAGACUUGUCAACUGGAAAAGGAUAAGAAGCAACUGGAGAAGGAAAAUAAGAGACUCCGACAGCAAGCGGAAAUUAAAGAUACCACGCUAGAGGAAAAUAAUGUGAAAAUUGGAAAUCUGGAGAAAGAAAACAAAGCUCUCUUCAAAGAGAUUGGUAUUUAUAAAGAAUCUUGCACUCGUCUGAAAGAAUUAGAGAAGGAAAAUAAGGAGCUUGUAAAAAGAGCAACUAUUGAUAUAAAAACUUUGGUUACAUUACGGGAGGAUUUGGUGAGUGAAAAAUUGAAAACUCAACAAAUGAAUAAUGAUCUUGAAAAAUUAACCCAUGAGCUUGAGAAGAUAGGGUUGAAUAAAGAGCGACUCUUACAUGAUGAGCAAAGUACUGAUGACAGUAGGUACAAACUUUUGGAAUCAAAAUUAGAAUCCACUCUAAAGAAGUCCCUUGAAAUAAAAGAGGAAAAAAUUGCUACUUUAGAAGCUCGAUUAGAGGAAUCCACAAAUUAUAACCAGCAAUUGCGCCAAGAACUUAAAACAGUGAAAAAGAAUUAUGAAGCCCUUAAACAGAGACAAGAUGAGGAAAGGAUGGUACAGAGCCCUCCUUCAGCUUCUGGUGAAGAUAGCAAAUGGGAGCGAGAAAGUCAAGAAACAACCAGAGAGCUUCUGAAAGUUAAAGACAGAUUAAUUGAAGUAGAAAGAAAUAAUGCUACACUGCAAGCAGAGAAGCAAGCGCUGAAAACGCAACUGAAGCAACUUGAGACACAGAACAGUAAUUUGCAGGCUCAGAUUCUUGCACUUCAGAGGCAGACAGUGUCAUUACAAGAGCAGAAUACUACCCUUCAAACACAGAAUGCCAAGCUUCAGGUUGAAAAUUCCACACUUAAUUCCCAAAGUACUUCUCUUAUGAACCAGAAUGCACAACUCCUAAUCCAGCAGUCUUCCUUAGAAAAUGAAAAUGAAUCUGUAGUCAAAGAACGAGAAGACCUCAAAUCUCUCUAUGAUUCUCUGAUCAAAGAUCAUGAGAAACUGGAACUUCUUCAUGAACGGCAGGCUUCAGAGUAUGAAUGUCUCAUUGCUAAACAUGGAACUCUCAAGUCUGCCCACAAAAAUCUUGAGGCGGAACAUAAAGAUCUUGAAGAUCGUUAUAAUCAGUUACUAAAACAGAAAGGACAAUUGGAAGAUUUGGAAAAAACACUGAAAGUAGAACAGGAAAAAAUGCUACUUGAAAACAAAAACCAUGAGACUAUAGCUGCAGAAUACAAGAAACUUUGUGGUGAAAAUGAUAGGUUGAAUCAUACAUAUAAUCAGCUUUUAAAAGAGACUGAAGUUUUACAAACUGACCAUAAAAACUUGAAAAGUCUUCUAAAUAAUUCCAAACUGGAACAAACAAGAUUAGAAGCUGAAUUUUCAAAGCUAAAGGAACAAUACCAGCAGUUGGACAUUACAUCUACCAAGCUAAAUAACCAGUGUGAGUUGCUAAGUCAACUUAAAGGAAAUUUAGAAGAAGAAAAUCGACAUCUACUAGAUCAAAUUCAGACAUUAAUGCUGCAGAACAGAACACUGUUGGAGCAGAAUAUGGAAAGCAAGGAUCUUUUUCAUGUUGAGCAAAGACAGUACAUUGAUAAGUUAAAUGAAUUAAGACGACAAAAGGAGAAAUUAGAAGAGAAAAUUAUGGAUCAGUACAAAUUUUAUGAGCCAUCUCCUCCAAGAAGGAGAGGCAACUGGAUUACUUUAAAAAUGAGAAAAUUGAUAAAGUCUAAGAAGGAUAUUAAUCGGGAGCGUCAGAAAUCUCUAACAUUAACACCUACCCGCUCAGACUCCGGUGAAGGAUUUCUUCAACUCCCGCAUCAAGAUAGUCAAGAUAGUUCUUCAGUAGGUUCAAACUCUUUAGAAGAUGGCCAAACUUUGGGGACCAAGAAGAGCAGCAUGGUUGCACUGAAAAGACUGCCCUUUUUGAGGAACAGACCGAAGGAUAAAGACAAAAUGAAGGCCUGCUACCGUCGUUCCAUGUCCAUGAAUGACCUGGUGCAGUCCAUGGUCCUAGCAGGAGGACAGUGGACAGGUAGUACUGAGAAUUUGGAGGUUCCUGAUGAUAUUUCAACGGGUAAAAGGAGGAAAGAAUUGGGAGCUAUGGCCUUCUCUACUACAGCUAUCAACUUUUCAACUGUCAACUCUUCUACAGGCUUCAGAUCCAAGCAGUUGGUUAAUAAUAAAGAUGCUACAUCCUUUGAAGAUAUAAGUCCACAAGGUAUUAGUGAUGAUUCUAGUACGGGAUCAAGAGUUCAUGCUUCGAGACCAGCCAGCCUUGAUAGUGGCAGGACAUCCACUAGCAAUAGCAAUAACAAUGCUUCACUCCAUGAAAUCAAAGCAGGUGCGGUUAAUAUCCAAAGCAGGCCACAAAGCCAUAGCAGUGGAGAAUUUAGCCUGCUUCAUGAUCAUGAGGCUUGGUCCAGCAGUGGUAGCAGUCCAGUCCAGUACUUGAAAAGACAGACCAGAUCAAGUCCAGUGCUCCAGCACAAAAUGCCUGAAACAUUAGAGAGUCGAGCACAUCACAAGAUCAAAACUGGUUCCCCUGGAAGUGAAGUUGUUACUCUACAACAGUUUUUGGAAGAAAGCAACAAGCUUACCUCAAUACAGAUAAAGUCCUCAAGUCAAGAAAAUCUGUUAGAUGAAGUAAUGAAAAGUUUGUCUGUCUCUUCUGACUUUUUGGGAAAAAGCAAACCAGUUAGCUGUGGUCUGGCCAGGUCAGUAAGUGGAAAAACUCCAGGAGACUUCUAUGAUAGACGGACAACUAAGCCUGAACAAUUUGUGAGACCUGGUCCUCGAAAGACUGAAGAUACCUACUUUAUUAGUUCUCCAGGAAAACCUACUCCAGGCACUCAAGGAAAGAUAAAAUUAGUAAAAGAAUCUUCUUUGUCACGACAAUCAAAAGAUAGUAAUCCUUAUGCCACUUUACCUCGUGCAAGCAGUGUGAUCUCUACUGCCGAAGGAACUACUCGAAGGACAAGCAUCCAUGAUUUUUUGACCAAGGACAGUAGACUACCUGUUUCAGUUGAUUCAUCACCAGCUACUGCUGAUAGCAACAUCACUGCAGCAUCUAAUAUGGACAAAGUACAAGAAAGCAGAAAUUCAAAAAGCAGGUCUAGGGAGCAACAAAGCUCCUAAUUCUAUUACCCACUACAUGACAUGUGGGCCAAGUGAGAGAAAAGUGUCCUUCAUUUUCUCAGUAUGAAGCCUUUAUUUCUGAAGUAACAAGACACCCAACUAUAGAAAUCAUUUUUUAAAAUCUUUAAGGAGACUUUAUACAAUUCUGCGUGACUAGAGCAGGCAAGAAACACAAACCUUCAUUCCUUCCUUGAAUCAAGGAGCACUACUGGAGUCAACUGCCAAAAUUUUUAGAAGGUUUUAGGACUUACUAUACAUUGUACUGUUAAGAUCUACUGAAUAAAGGAUGUUCUCUCGCUAAGGACCAAGUGUUUUGAGGUUUCAAGAAGUACCCAAGAACCACCUACUUCUUUCAUCAUUUGUUUAUGAAUUUAUCCAUGUUUGCUUAAUGCUUCUGCUAAGUGUUAGCCAAAAUCUAGCCAUUUAUAUUUAGUUGUGUAAUCUAAAUUAAAUGCUGUAGUUUGUUGUGGAAUGUACUGUAUAUCAAGAUACAGAAAAAGUUGUUUUGGCAUGCCAGAGCCUUAUUUGGUUAGCAGACUGCAUGUGUUGGUAUUCUUUUUUUUUUAGGCCAAUUAUUUUGAUGCACUGAAAAAGAAAUUCAGUUUAUAAGAUAAAUCUGAAAAAUCCAUAAUGAGAUAGGAGUUAUAAAAACUUUACAGUAAUAUUAAUCUUUCCAUAUUCCCCAAUAAGCAACACUAAGCAUUCACUUGUGGAUCCAAGUUAAGUAGAGUGUUUUUCUGAAACUUUUUAGUAAGGUGGUUUUCCAGCAAAUGGCAUUCCCAAGAUAAAGCUGUUAUAUUUUAACUCAUUUCCCUUCUUUAGUACUGGGUUAUAUGUAUGUUUGUUUUUUUAACUUGAGAGCUGACUGUUGCUUAAGAAGUUUUCUUAUGGCAAAAAUAAUGUAAAUAAUUUACUAUGAUCUGCAUUUUGCCAGGAACUCAUUAAGGUUAUCACUUAAUAAGAAUUUUUCUGUUUUUGUCCUUUCUAAUGUUACAUUAAAGUUGGUAACUAUUAUUGGUACUUUUGAAAUAUUUGUAUGCAUUUGUUACCUUAAACAUUUGAAAGAAGCACAAAAAAGUAGAUUUCAUUAAUUUAACCCAGGGAAACAUUAGUUUUUUUGUAGUUCCAAUUUUAUAUCACAGUUUUAUUUUCUUAUGAAAUCAAAAAAAUGCAUUGAUACCUGUUCAUGCAAAUUCAUUAUUUAACAUAAAUAUCAGAAUAAUCUUAAAGGUCUGAAAUGAGAAAGAUACUGACUUUUUUA